GUUUUUGAUAAUGGUUAGAACGGAGCUGUUCAAGUCGAGGAGAAAAACAGAGGCAAAAAAGUAGUCAGAAACAUCUCUAAUUUCUUAAAAGGAGCCAUCAAAUUGCUGAGUGGUUGCCACUAUGCCAGCUACCUGGUCACCACCCUGCUUCUUGGCCAAGUUGAUGUGCUUAUGGAGUCUCUGCCAGGCCCAGUACGAGCACCUAGGCUAUCCACCAGGUUACCCUGAUCCCUACGUUGAGACCUACACUCCCCCAGAGCUCCCUGCUGACACUCCCAGGAUACAGCUGCGCCUCGCGGGAGACAAACGCAAGCACAACGAGGGCCGUGUGGAGGUGUACUACGAAGGAGAGUGGGGGACUGUCUGUGACGAUGACUUCACCAUACAUAAUGCACAUGUGGUGUGCAAGGAGCUGGGCUAUGUGGAGGCUGUUUCCUGGUCCCCAUCAUCCAAGUAUGGAAAGGGAGAAGGGCGUAUCUGGUUUGACAAUGUCCACUGCACUGGGAAGGAGAAGACCCUGGCUCAGUGUCCUUCUAAUGGAAUCGGGGUGUCUGAUUGCAAACACACUGAGGACGUGGGUGUUGUGUGCAGUGACAAGAGGAUCCCAGGAUUCAAGUUUAUCAACACCUUGACCAACAAUAUAGAUAGCUUAAACAUCCACGUGGAGGACGUCCGUAUCCGCGCAAUCCUCUCCUCGCUGCGUAAGCGGACCCCAGUAACGGAGGGCUACGUGGAGAUUAAGGACGGCGGCCGCUGGAGGCAGAUCUGUGACGAGGAGUGGACGCAGAAGAACAGCCGCGUCAUCUGUGGCAUGUUCGGCUUCCCCGGGGAAAAGAGAUACAACACCAGAGUUUACAAGAUGUUUGCCCGCAGGAGGAAGCCAGCCUAUUGGGAUUACGCCGUCAACUGCACUGGGAACGAGGCCCACCUCUCAGGCUGCACUCUGGGUCAGGCCCUCGCCACCAAGGGCAACAACACAUGCGGACAGGGCCUCCCCGUGGUGGUGAGCUGCGUCCCUGGCCGCUCCUUCGCCCCAACUCCCAUGACGGGCUUCAGGAAAGCCUUCAGGCAGGAGCAAUCGUUGGUGCGUCUGAGAGGUGGGGCGGUAGUUGGAGAGGGCCGUGUGGAGGUCCUGAGAAGCGGCGAAUGGGGCACCAUCUGUGAUGACAACUGGAACCUCAUGGCCGCCACGGUUGUGUGCCGAGAGCUGGGAUUCGGCAGUGCCAAGGAGGCCCUCUCUGGUGGACGCCUUGGACAGGGGAUGGGCCCCGUUCACUUGAACGAGGUUGCUUGCACAGGCUUUGAGAAGUCCAUCACUGAGUGCAAAUUCACUAUGGACAACGAGUCAGGAUGCAGUCAUGAAGAGGAUGCAGGUGUACGGUGCAAUGUCCCUGCCAUGGGCUUUCAACAAAGGCUUCGCCUCAGCGGUGGACGGAGCCCGUUUGAAGGCCGUGUGGAGGUGUUAGUGGAGAAGAACGGCUCUCUGGUGUGGGGCACCGUGUGCAGUGAGGGCUGGGGCACCAUGGAGGCCAUGGUGGUGUGCCGGCAGCUGGGCCUGGGUUUCGCCAGCAGUGCCUUCCAGGAGUCGUGGUACUGGAUGGGGCUGGUUAGUAACGAUGCGGUGGUGAUGAGUGGUGUGCGGUGUUCAGGGACGGAGAUGAGCCUGUCUCACUGCCUCCAUCAUGGAGAAUAUCUCAGCUGUCCCCGAGGAGGAGGACGCUACGCCGCCGGCGUCUCCUGUUCUGAAACGGCCCCAGACCUGGUGCUGAACCCCCAGGUGGUGGAGGAGACCACGUACCUGGAAGACCGGCCCAUGUUCAUGCUCCAGUGUGCCUACGAGGAGAACUGCCUGGCCACCACGGCCAGUUCCACUCCGGCUAACUCCUUCCGUCGCCUGCUGCGCUUCUCCUCACAGAUCCACAACAACGGCCAGUCCGACUUCCGGCCCAAACUGAACCGAGAGUCCUGGGUCUGGCAUGACUGCCACAGACAUUAUCACAGCAUGGAAGUGUUCACCCACUAUGACCUCCUGAGUCUAAAUGGCACCAAGGUGGCAGAGGGACACAAGGCCAGCUUCUGCCUGGAGGACUCUGAGUGUGACGAAGGCAUUGAGAAGAGGUAUGAGUGUGCAAACUUUGGUGACCAGGGCAUCACAGUUGGCUGCUGGGAUACCUACAGACAUGAUAUUGACUGCCAGUGGGUGGACAUUACAGAUAUCAAGCCGGGAGAUUAUAUAUUCCAGGUUGUUCUCAACCCCAACUAUGAAGUUCCAGAGUCAGACUUCUCUAAUAACUUGGUGAAAUGCAGAUGUCGCUAUGACGGCCACCGCAUAUGGAUGUACAGCUGUCACAUAGGUGGUUCAUUUAGUGAGGAGGUGGAAGACACUUUCCCUGGGCUCCUGAACAACCAGGUAACCCACAGGUAAAAGGAGAGAAGCCAGCAGAGAGGGCCGAGGGAGCAUAUCGGAACUCAGCCCAGCCGUGAGAUUACCAAAUGCCCUUAACCACUACAGCCCUCGUGUUUCCACAUGAGCGCAACCUGAACUCCUCAGAGACACGUGCAUCUCAUCACAGCAGAGUCUGCUUCGUGGCAUCUUUAAGCUGCUAGAGGCUUUUUUUUUAUCAAACGUUAUACCCUGGAGUGGGGGAAUCUUUCACCAAGAACUAUGCUCCUCCAAACGGUUUGGCGCCAAAGGGAUACACAAUCUUAAGAGAUGUUCUCAUGUCUGUGUUGAAGCCAGCCAAGUUUUCUGUACAACGGUAGCAUUAGUUGUGAGAUGAGAUGCACCGUGGUUUUUCUAAAUCAAGCUCACUUCAAACAUGAACGGGAAUUCAGAUGCACUUUGUUUACUUAAAAGGAACAUGUGGUUCAGGUCAUUUUGUCAAUUGGGAAAUAUAAUAGUCUUAUAACUACCCACCAUAUCUAUAAUAUUGAUAGAAUAUUGUUACCUGCCAGUAAAAAUGCAACAUUGCUAUCCAUCAGUGCCUUUGUAAAUGCCAAAUGCACCCCAAAGCCAGUAUUCUUCAUCUCAGAGCAAGCAGGGCUCUUUCAGGACAAUCGCCACUGCUGGGAUUUGCUCAGAUGAUGCACUGCACAGAGCACACUUGUGGUGGAGAUGUUGCAUAUAACCUCACAUUCAAGUAGGCCAUGCUAUGAACACUGAGGUGGGAAGUUGUACAUCUACAGACACAGAAAUGAGGAUAAACCCUCCCUCCUUCACUGGCAGGGAUACGCCUACUUGUGCAUGUUGAACAGCUACCAGGUCAUUUCUUCACAAUGUGUUCACUAUGGUUACUCAUUGAAAGCCACUAAUUACAGUGAAUUCACAGUACGACCGCAUCCACACGGAACCCUAGAGGGGUCAUUGCAAGAUAUGUUUUGGUAUAUAUCCAGAAAAUGUGCACUCAUUUUACUAAAUUGUGCACUCA